GACAACACUUUCGCUCCCGCCUGCGUGGAGGACAGUCGACUUGCAACGCGCGCGGUGGUGGCGGUGUGCUUCGCGUCGGCUGGGAGAGUCCUCGUGGAAUUUUUGUUGUCGUCGUGCCCACACCGCUUUUCAAGAAGUGUUUUCUAAUCCGUGGCGGGUUUAUCGCGCGAUCGUCGCUUCAAGUGUCGUGUCCGAGGGACCGUGUCGUCGACUCCUGUUCGCCUGUGGUGCUUCGUUGUAUUUUUGUUCAAAGUUUGAGCUCUCAGCCGGUGAAGCGAAACAGCGGUGGCUUCGUUUGUUUUUUUUGUUCUUACCCUCGUCUCGUCGUGGAUUGCGUGCAACAGGUGUUGUGUCGCCGUUCGGAUACUGACGGCGUCAUGAUUCUUCGGCUCUGAACGAAAGCAAACUGAGUGCCGCGGCCAAGGUUUCCGUUGUGUUUCACCGCCGAGAGGCACAGCGAUCACUUGGAGACGCCGGCAAUGAGGGCCGCCUCAGCAGCAGCGCCGUCUGAAGGGAUGUCUUGACGGCAACACUCGGAGAUCAUGAUGCCUACCAGCAAGUUGGAUCCCUACCAGGAGCUGGAAGCCUACCUCCAACAAGCCCAGGCGGAGGUUGGCAAGGCUGUUGAAGACCUGCUGGCAUCCGAGUCAGCCGGAAGUGCAUCAUCCUCUUGUGAAAGCCACAACAACUCCUGCCCUGAACUCUACGGCUGCGAAGCGGACCACGAGGACAACGCUCCAGAUGCAUAUGCGUCCCUCAGCGUUCCACGAGCGAAAAGGAACACCAAUGGCAUCGUCGCUCGCAAGACCGACUCUCCAGAACAAGACAAUUUAUGGCACGGUACUGGUCCCACGACCGACCAGAAGACAAAGGAUGAUUGCACUUGGGACGCAUACUACGGCUGGAAGUCUCUGCAGCUGUCCCGUCCCCCCAGCGGUGACGCUCACCUCCUUUCCAUCUACACAGAGCGGUUGGUUGAAGCAGUCAACGAUUCCUUCGGUCUGCACCUGCAAGAACCGUCCUCUAAAAAUGCCAGGGACCAAUUGGAUUUCAAGGUUAAGCCAACGAGUGAAACUGGACUGGUGGCAAGCAGCUCUGAGAACGUUCCGGAGAGCCCACCGGCUCCACCGAAUUCGCAGAAGAAUGGUAGUUCGACACCAGAUUCAAGUUUAACGACCAUUCACGGUGCUCUCACCUUCGAACGAGAUGUCAGACGAGCUGAACGAGCGGAUUCUGAGAAGAGCGAACGGUGUGUGCGUGAUGUUGAUGCCGAUGCAGCGAAUGUGAAGGAGCUAAUCGACAGAUGUUCUUCAUGGCCUAGUCUUCGGUCGUUUCAAGACGCUUCGGUUGGAGUGCAGCUUCCAAAUCGUUCGGGCAGCUACCCGGGACUGUCAAAGACGGUCAAUCCGUUUUGUGAUACGGAAGAUUUGGUGGGUAGUGACCAGGUGCUCAGCUAUGACGGCUCUCUGUACAAGAACCAGCAGCUCUACUACGAACCAGAGGAUCUCCCCGAUUGUGCAGGGGCACCAGCUGUGAGCGUGACUGAAAGUGUUACUGACAAAGAAAAAGGACAGGACUUCACCGACAUCGAGCUGCGUAUCGUCGAUCCCGACGAGGCAUUCGACGACCUCCCGGAGCUCUUCAUCCGGGAAGAUGACCGGGACAACGACAGCCACGCUGUGCCGCCGAUCCAAGACGUCUCGCUCAGCCUGAACUCCCCCACUUUGGGCCGAGCGCAGGGUCGGCUGAACCCGUACACCAUCAAAGUGAUCGCCAACCACGCCUCGACACCGGACGAAGUCUUCGCGACGGUCUGCACUCUGGAAGCGAAGCUGGCAUCGCGUCUCCCGCCCCACGAGAUUGACGAGGGUGACCCGGACACAGGGACGUGGUCUUCGACUUCUACGGGGCAUUCUACCUCAACCCUUAGUCGCCACGAUUUGGAGAAGUUUCUGAAAAACGUUGAACCUCCUCACGAGCCCCCGAGCUGGCCUCAGGAUGCAGUGACCCAGACGACACCCGUCAUUUCACGCAGCUCCAGCUUCACCUGGGUGGCUGACUUGGGCGAAGACGUGGGGUCUUCAAAGGAGAGCCUGAGGAUAGCAACGCAGACGACCACGACAAACACCACGACACCCAACUCCCCGUCGCCGGUGUCGUCUUCGUCGUCGUGCGAGGCUCCGCCGACGCCCCUGACACCCCGGACCUCCCCUAGCUCCCAGGAGGUGUCUUCGGAUCAGUCCGAGGUCGUCAAUCCGAUCCGAAGCCGUAGCAGCAAGCUGCAGGACAGUGCCAGUCCCUCCAUGCCAACUUUAACCAAUGAGGACUGUGGCAAGUCAGACAAUUACAGGCAGCUAUCACUGGACGAGAAGACUCAGGUGCAGUCCCUCUCGCGUUCGGCCAUCAAGGGCCAUGGAGGCAACUCUUCGGAGGCAGCAUCGGCAGCUCUGUCGUGGGCAGCGAACCAGCAGCUGGGUCAGAAGGCCUCUUCUGCACCGGUCCUGCUGAAGAACAAGCCUCCCACUUCGUUCAGCGGUAGCUUUGGCAAAAAGAGGGCUCAGCUCUUCAAUGCAACGGCUUCGGCUGGGAACACACCCGAAGAGGAAGCCAAGGUACGUGAGCACGUUGUCUUCUGGCCAAGACUGUCAUUUGAGAACCUCAAAUUUAAGCGCUGAAUGCUUCCUUUUCUUGUUCUUGUUUUGUGGUGCUUGCUUAACAUUAAAACAGUUUUACUAACACAACCUCACACUUUUUUCUCGUGGUGUUGGAAUCAUUCUAAUUGUUACUACUAUAUUGUAUGUUCUAUGGACGGCCACAUUUGUACUUGUUUUCACUGUACAAAUCAUACUUAAAGAAAGUUUGUCUUGUCGGGGAGGUUUACAAAUUUCUCUUUUUACAAGGUGAGUUAGAUAUUUCUGUGUGCAUCUAAAGUAAGUUAUUUGUUAUCUUAUCAGAGCCUACCUGUUUGAAACGUCAAGGGUCAUACAGCAUACGAACUGUUCUAAGCUAGCUCUUUUCUUGAGGUUACAAUAAGUAUGCAAAAAGAAUAUGGACAGUCUAGAUAUACCCAUCGACAAUAUUAGUCCUUACUAACUUUGACAAAGCAAACCUCUGGGACGCUUGCUCUUCUGCUUCAUCAGGGCUCUACUGAGUUUAAUACGCAUCACAUCAUUCAUCUUGCUAUCUUUGUUACACCAAAGAAUUUAUAAGCGUUUGGAGAAAAAGAUUGACUUUAUGAAUGAUGAUGGGUUGCUAAUAUUCAUACAGUAAGACUUGCUGAAUGUAGUGGACAUAUUACAGCUUGGUUCACACGUUCACAGUGCUGUCUGGCUUUGCGAUAACCAUUAUGGUUUGUGUUGUGACAUACGUUUGAGUUAUAUACGGCUUUGUUGUAGCAAUUCAUAUUGUGACAAGUGACCGUACACAGAUUUAUUGGUUGCAAGACAAGAAUCUUUUUUUUUUUUGCCGUUUUGUGCAUUUUGAUGAUUCAGUGUAAGUUUGGUGAAAUUAAAUAUACCACACCAGAUA